CAAUCACUAUGACUGGACACAGCAGUGUUUACGCCAGGAACUUGGCUGAAGGGUACUUUGAGGCCUCCAACCCUUACAAAGCAUCAUCAGACGGCGCUCGGCAGCAAUGGCUUGGCCCCGCGUGCAGCUGGUUGUCACCGCUGAUGACUUUGGUUACUGCCCGAGGCGCGAUGAGGGCAUCGUGGAGGCCUUCCUGGCAGGAACUGUGACCAGCGUGUCACUGCUGGUCAACGGCACAGCCGCCGAGAGCGCGGCCGAGCUGGCCCGCAGACACGGCAUUCCCACGGGCCUCCACGCCAACCUGUCCGAGGGCCGUCCUGUGGGUCCGGCCCGCCACAACGCCUCGUCGCUCCUCAGCCCAGAAGGCUUCUUCCUCGGGAAGAUGGGAUUUCGGGAGGCCUUAGCGGCUGGAGACGUUGCUUUGCCCCAGGUGCGGGAGGAACUAGAAGCUCAACUCAGCCGCUUCCGGGAGUUGUUGGGCAGGUCCCCCACGCACGUAGACGGGCACCAGCACGUGCACGUGCUCCCAGGAGUGUGUCAGGUGUUCGCCGAGGCUCUGCAGGCGUUCGGGGUGCGCUUCACGCGGCUGCCAGUAGAAUGCGGCGUGGGCAGCUGCUCGUGGCUGGAAGCACCAGCGCGUGCCUUCGCCUGCACUGUGGAGCGCGAUGCCCGGGCUGCCAUGGGCCCCUUCUCCCGCCACGGCCUGCGGUGGACCGACGCCUUUGUGGGCCUGAGCACUUGUGGCCGCCACAUGUCUGCUCACCGCGUCUUGGCGUCGCUGGCACGGGCCCUCGAAGAUAUCCCUGCUGGCCGUGCCCUGACUGCCGAACUGAUGGCACACCCAGGAUACCCCAGUGUGCCUCCAGCAGGGGGCUGCGGUGAGGGCCCCGAUGCUUUCUCUUGUUCUUGGGAGCGGCUGCAUGAGCUGCACGUCCUCACUGCACCCACCUUGCGGGCUCGGCUGGCCCAGAAUGGUGUGCAGCUCUGCGCCCUAGACGACCUGGAUUCCAAAAGGCCUGGGGAAGGGGUCCCCUGUGAGGCAACGCUUGAGCCCUUCCUGGAGCCUUCCCUACCCUGACACCAAAGGCUAGCUACGAACUGCCUCUCACUGUGGAGGA